ACGCCUACUGUUCACUGCCCUUUGAAUAGUACAACUACAAAGUGCUACGGUAGAUGAUGUGUUUAUGAUAAGAGUCAGAAAGAAUGUGGUUUUUUAGCAGAAAUGGAACAUCUGGGUUCUCAGCUUCUUCCACAGCUGAAGAUGUUACACAAGGGAUUGAUGGCUCUGGUCUCACUGCCAUUGUCACAGGAGCAUCAAGUGGGAUUGGAGCAGAAACAGCACGGGUGCUUGCAUUACGGGGUGUUCAUGUAGUUAUGGGAGUGAGGAAUCUGGAAGCUGGCAGGGCGGUCAAAGAAGCAAUUGUUAAGGGAAACCCUAAUGCAAAACUUGAUGCCAUGGAUUUGGAUUUAAGUUCCAUGGAAUCAGUAAAGAAAUUUGCAGAAGACUUCAAGUCCUUGAAUCUUCCCUUAAACCUUCUCAUUAACAAUGCAGGAAUCAUGGCAACACCAUUCAUGCUUUCCAAGGACAACAUAGAACUUCAAUUCGCAACAAACCAUGUCGGUCAUUUUCUGUUGACGAAUUUACUGAUGGAAACCAUUAGAAAGACAGCUCGUGCAAGCAGGAAAGAAGGAAGGAUUGUGAAUGUCUCAUCACGCCGGCACAAAUUCUCAUACCCAGAAGGGAUUCGUUUUGCUAAACUCAAUGAUCCAUCCGGGUAUAACAGUUUAUCUGCAUAUGGUCAGUCGAAGCUCGCAAAUAUUUUGCAUGCUAAUGAGCUUGCAAGACAACUAAAGGAAGACAGGGUGGAGGUAACUGCAAAUUCAGUUCAUCCAGGAUUGAUAGCCACCAACCUUUUUCGGCAUUACAGUUUUCUCACAGGUCUUGUUGGUCUUGUUGGUAAGUACGUCAUCAAAAAUGUUCAGCAGGGGGCAGCAACUACAUGCUAUGUAGCAUUGCAUCCAAAAGUUAAAGGCAUGAGCGGGCAGUAUUUUGCUGACAGCAGCAUAGCCAAGGCGAGUUUGCAAGCAAAAGAUGCUGAGUUGGCUACGAAACUCUGGGAUUUCAGCUUAGAUUUGGUCCGAAGAGGCUCAACUCCAUAAACAUCAUAAAACUGAUUCCAAUAAGGAGAUUCUGCCCUGCAAAGAUUAUGCCGCUAGUUCUCAAUAAGAAGCCAUCUGCUUGAAACUCUUUACGUCUCAUUGCAAGUAAAGUCAUUUCAAUCUGCACGCAUGAAACCACACAUCCCAUGAAUAUGGAAUCAAUAAUUUGGAUUUGGUCCAGUUCUUUUCUAGCCAGAUUUACCUUAACUAGAAUUAAGGAGCUUCUCAGCAAUGUUCAAAUUGAGCAUUCAAUUUCCAAAGCUUGAAUCCCAACCUUUUCAUUUCACAGUGAGUUCUCAGACGAUUCACUUUCUUGGGAAAAUAUAAAAUAUGAUCCUACUCGUAUUAUUUUAAUCUAUUGUAAUUUUUACCUAA